AUGCCAUCGUCAAAGACCCCUCAAAAGCACCGACUCUUCUUCAUUCGCCCCGCCAAUCGCAAAGCUCCAAAGCAAAAGCGCUCUGCAGGCUACAACACCUACCUCUGUGAACCCUCAUGGUGCACUCCUCAUAAUACAUCCCAACACAACCGCGCUGCCAUGAGCGCCAUAACACCACAGUCCUACGUCGAUGAUGGCGCAUCAUUCACCAAACGCACACCCCAUGGCCUGUCCAAACACCACGUCGCGAAAUGGAUCUCCAGCGGCUCAGACACGUCUGGGUAUACGGGAAGCUUCAUCGAUGAUGGCGCAGACAUGCAGUUCCGUGAUGAUGCAACGCCUGGGUUUGGGACAAUUGACAAGCGCUUCUACAAGCAGAAGAAGCCUCAGGAGCCCAAGUUUGGCUACGAGAAGAUAUGGAACGAACAUGUACAGAAAGCCGUCACUGGGGAUGUGCAGCGCAACUUGAACAAGGUCCGAGGGCUGGGUGGUAUACAGGUCAAGAAGAGACACGAUGGCCGCGGUGGAGAUGGACAUGGGAACGAGAGAGGGAAAAAGAAGGAGGAGAGCAUCACUGUGCCUGCGCCGCCUCAAUGGGCGACAUUCGUGAUUAGGGCGGAUGACGGACGUGUUAUUGUCGUGGAUAAGGACGGAGAUUUUGAUUCUGGACCUCCAGCGGAAGCUGAAAUUGAGCGACCGAAGCCUUGGGUUAAAGCUGCGUCUACCGUCGUACCGCCAUCUUCUACUGGGAUGUCGGCUCCAUCAUCUCCACCAAAGCAUCGAGUAUUUGGUAGUACGUCAAAAGGCCAUACGAAAGACCGACCGGACAAGCAAAGCAAGACAAAGAAGUACAAGAAAUCGCAAACCACCCCGCCAAAGAUCCUCACACCCAUCCCUGAAUCUGAGUACGAAGAUGGAUAUGUGUCGGCCACUGAACUCAUCGGCUCACCUACCAACUUCCUCAUGACAGGGGGUGCGAGCGGCUGGCUUUCAAGGGGAGGUACAUACAUAUCCUCUCCGGCUGUGUCUGUGAGUGAUGGGUAUGGGCAUAUCAGUCCCGAAUCAAAGGGCAGGAAUGUGAGAGACGGCUACAGGUAUGUGCGCCCAAAUGCAUAUGGGAAAAUGGGGAGUGGCACAUACGGGUAUGAACAAAUAUCAACCGAUGGAAUGAGCAAGACAACGUCAGACCGAUCGUGGAACGGUGGACAACUCGAGAAUGCAUGGGAAGACCAAAAAGCGAGCCAUGCGUAUGGCAGCGAGCGAUCACACCAACACAGCUCGAAUGGAAAGUGGCGAGACGAGAAGACAAGAAUUGAUGAUAGUUCAAUGAAGAGCCACUCCACCUACAAACCACCUACCGUUGAAGACGCACCCGACACUGCGUCGGAAGGCAACGCUGCCGCAGGCUGGGGAAGAGGCGGUAAAAAGAGUGGCAGUGUUCAAAGCUCACUCAACACCGAGAAACUCAACGAGUCGGCGUGGAACGUGCCUCAUCCCCACACCUGGGCAAUGGACGGGAAGCCACCUAGUGAACAAAGCUGGGACAGCAGACCCAAAGCCGCCGACAACCCUAGUUGGACCGGUAUCCAGCCUCGUGCCUUUCCUCACCAGCCUGCCCAUAGUCCAAUUAUAAGCCCGGUGAGCAGCGAGGCGACUUGGGAUGGAUUUGAGCGGUUGAAAACGCUUAGUGAUGUCAGUGUCGUGGGUUCAGGGAGUGGACGCGAGUCACAGGGUGGUGGAAAUUGGAGCCAGAGAUCGAGCCGCCCGCCAUCUGAACACGAAAGCCGAUCAAGCCACAGAAACAGUGCAAAAUGGGAAGCCGAUCAAGCAGGAUGGGCAGGAAGUCAAACUAGCAAAAGGAGUCAACCAAAAAGCCACAGAAGCAAAGAAUGGUCCGGCAAUCAAGCUGAGAGCUGGAGCGACCAUAAAGUUACCACUGGCGUUGAUGGAGGCUGGGACGCCAAUGGUGAGACAGAGUAUGCGAAUGGCUUCGACGAGGAAAACGAUACUUAUUUGAACGAGAAUUGGGGCGGAAUUCCGGUGCGUGUAGGGGGUCGGGCGCGGAGCGGGAGUCCGAGAAAGCAUGUCGUGCAGGGCUGGGAUUAG